CUCCUCAUCACCACCACUCCACUCCGGCUCCGGCGGCAUCAACCAUGGCGCCGCCUUCCCUCUCCUCCGCCUCCCACCUCCUCAUCACCGCCUCCCUCCCCAAGCCCACCCCCUCCUCCCUCCGCCCGCCCCGCCUCCCCCACCCCAAGCCCCUCCCCGCCCUCCUCCUCGCCCUCGCCGCCUCCCCCACGCUCCCCGCCCUCGCCGACGCGCCCGCGCCACUCCCCGCCCCUGCCCCGACCCAGGAGCUCCAGCUCGACUCCCCCUCCCCGACCGCCAACCCCUUCUCCAACGCCCUCCUCACCGCCCCCAAGCCCACCGCCACCGACCUCCCUGAGGGCGCCCAGUGGCGCUACAGCGAGUUCCUCAGCGCCGUCAAGAGGGGCAAGGUCGAGCGCGUCAGGUUCUCCAAGGAUGGGGGCCUCCUCCAGCUCACCGCCGUCGACGGCCGCCGCGCCACCGUCGUUGUCCCCAACGACCCCGACCUCAUCGACAUCCUCGCCACCAACGGCGUCGACAUCUCCGUCGCCGAGGGCGACACCGCCGGCCCCGGCGGCUUCCUCGCCUUCGUAGGCAACCUCCUCUUCCCCUUCCUCGCCUUCGCUGGCCUCUUCUUCCUCUUCCGCCGCGCUCAGGGCGGCCCCGGCGCCGGCCCUGGUGGCCUCGGCGGGCCCAUGGACUUCGGCCGCUCCAAGAGCAAGUUCCAGGAGGUGCCCGAGACUGGCGUCACCUUCGUCGACGUGGCCGGCGCCGACCAGGCCAAGCUCGAGCUGCAGGAGGUCGUCGAUUUCCUCAAGAACCCCGACAAGUACACCGCGCUCGGGGCCAAGAUCCCCAAGGGAUGCCUCCUCGUUGGCCCGCCCGGCACGGGGAAGACGCUGCUGGCGCGUGCCGUCGCCGGGGAGGCCGGCGUGCCCUUCUUCUCCUGCGCCGCCUCGGAGUUCGUCGAGCUCUUCGUCGGUGUCGGCGCGUCCAGGGUGAGGGACCUGUUCGAGAAGGCCAAGGCCAAGGCGCCUUGCAUUGUGUUCAUCGAUGAGAUCGACGCCGUCGGGAGGCAGCGUGGUGCGGGGCUCGGAGGCGGAAACGAUGAGAGGGAGCAGACCAUCAACCAGCUCCUGACGGAGAUGGAUGGAUUUGCCGGCAACAGUGGUGUCAUUGUGCUCGCCGCCACAAACAGGCCCGAUGUGCUGGACGCCGCGCUUCUUCGGCCUGGGAGGUUCGAUCGGCAGGUCACCGUCGACCGCCCAGAUGUUGCUGGCCGCGUCAGGAUUCUUGAGGUUCACUCGAGAGGAAAGGCACUGGGGAAAGAUGUUGACUUUGAGAAAAUUGCUCGGAGAACCCCUGGUUUCACUGGAGCUGAUCUUCAAAACUUGAUGAAUGAAGCUGCUAUUCUUGCUGCUCGUCGUGAUCUGAAGGAGAUUAGCAAGGAUGAGAUCUCUGAUGCUUUAGAGAGGAUCAUUGCUGGGCCUGAGAAGAAAAAUGCUGUUGUCUCAGAAGAGAAGAAGAGACUUGUGGCUUACCAUGAGGCUGGUCAUGCCCUUGUUGGUGCCCUCAUGCCCGAAUAUGAUCCUGUUGCUAAGAUUUCCAUCAUUCCUCGUGGUCAAGCUGGUGGACUCACAUUCUUUGCUCCAAGCGAAGAAAGGCUUGAGUCAGGGUUGUAUAGCAGGAGCUACCUAGAGAACCAAAUGGCUGUAGCUCUUGGUGGAAGGGUUGCUGAAGAAGUGAUCUUUGGCCAAGAAAAUGUGACAACUGGGGCCUCUAACGACUUUAUGCAGGUUUCACGUGUUGCAAGACAGAUGGUUGAAAGAUUUGGAUUCAGCAAAAAGAUCGGACAAGUUGCAAUUGGUGGACCUGGUGGAAAUCCUUUCUUAGGCCAGCAGAUGUCGAGCCAGAAGGACUACUCGAUGGCCACCGCUGAUGUUGUGGACGCAGAGGUCAGGGAGCUCGUGGAGAAAGCCUACUCAAGAGCAACCCAGAUCAUCACGACACACAUCGACAUCCUCCACAAGCUUGCUCAGCUUCUGAUGGAGAAGGAAACGGUGGACGGGGAGGAGUUCAUGAGCCUGUUCAUUGACGGCCAGGCAGAGUUGUUCGUCGCUUAAAGUGCGUUUGAUGUAUACUCGUAUGUUUCCCUUGGGUGCUCAUACUCAGGGGAAAUGGAGAACGCAAUUUGUAGGAACCACAUCGAUUUAGGCGAGGUGUUUUUGCAUACUUGUAUAGUUCAUUGUAAAGAAUACAUACUGACAUUGAGCAAGUAAACUGUUGCUGCUUGCGAUUAUAGCACCACUGACUAAUCCAGAUUCCUCUCUACUCAUCUGCACUGAA